AUGAAGCGUCGUGAGGAGCGGCGGAAGCGGGAGCGUGAGUGCAUCCCGUCUGCACUCGCCGCCCUCGUCGCGCGCGUUUCCCCGCAUGAUGACCCGUCGGCACCAUUGCGUUACUUGGAAACGUUCGCCACGCGACAGCGAAUAGACGACGGCGAUGACGGUGGUGGCGUUCUUGUUCUCGUUGGCGAUGGGCUGGCACGCCUCUGCAAGGAGCUGGGCGACGGCACUUGCAGCAAGGACCUCCUGGCGGUCGCGCGUCGUGUGCCGCGUAGUCAGUCGUCAGCUGACUGUAUCGAUGUUACAGAGUUGUGUUUUGCAAUUGGUCAGGCCAUUGCCCCUGUCAAUGUACAUGAGCGGCGGCGGAAUGUCGGGAGUGCGGCUCCCAUUGAUGAGAAUGCCCCGCUGUUGAAGUACUAUAAGGGUGAUCGAUUUGCCACUCUGUUGGGUUCUUUCGCCACAGAGGACGUGGAUACGGAGUGGAAGAAGUUCCUUGACUGUUUGUCUUCGCCGCUACCGAUGACACUGCGAGUUCACCAAAAUGAAAAGAUGUUGCGGCACGUUGCCCAACAAUUUCUUCAGCACGACAAAGACCUGUGUAAGGUUCUGCAGCCUGUUGCACCUCUGUUGCCGUCUUACUCUGGACUUUAUGGCUGCGCGCAUGCCGCGUACCAUGCAGACCCGCGUGUGGAGUACAUCUGCCGGACGCUCCACGCUGCCAACGCCGUGUCAUUCCAAGAGGUUGUAUCUGUGUUGCCGGUGUUAGUGGCGGGCAUCCAACCGCAUCAUGCGGUGCUGGAUAUGUGUGCAGCACCAGGUAGUAAGACACUGCAAGUUCUUGAUGAUAUGCUCAAGGAGACGUGGAACACCUCUACUGUAUCACAGGGUGUGGUUCUUGUGAAUGAGAAGGACCGUGUGAAGGCUACGCAGGUCUUGCCUGCGCGGCUGAAGCGGUAUCACGCACCGAACACUAUUUGCAUGCGAUGUGAUGCUGUUCAAUGGCCGAGGCUGUUCUCUUCUUCUGGUGAAGGAGAAAAGACGUUUACAGAACACCGCUUCGAUCGCAUUAUUUGUGACGUCCCAUGCAGCGGCGACGGCACAUUGCGCAAGGAGCCGGCAUCGGCGAGCUCGUGGAGCCCUGCGUAUGUAAAGUCACUCGUGCCGACGCAGAAGGCAUUGCUGCGACGCGGCCUCGACUUGUUGCGUGAGGGUGGCAUCCUUGUUUACAGCACGUGUAGUAUGAAUCCAAAGGAAGACGAGGAAGUGGUCUGCGCAGGGUUGGAGCUGUUCGGUGACGCAGUGGAGCUCCUUGAUGUUAACGCUAUAUUGAAGGAACGCGGCGCAGUACUACACUCUGCAGGUGGCGUACUGUCGCCCAACGUGGACCAGCUACGGACUGCUAUUCUCCCUUCGACGUAUGACGGUCGGAAACUGUUGCGUGUGUUACCCCACCGUGACAAUACAGGCGGCUUCUUUGUUGCUGCGUUUCGCAAGCGGUCACUGCCAGACUGGGCGCCACUACCGACGCUGCGCGAGAAGUUAAAUGAGUGGACGAAAGGAAAGCUGUGGGCACCUGUUGCAAGGGACGACACAGUGUGGUGCGAAAUCGCGAAGUUCUACCAGUUUGACCCUGAUUGCGCCAGCAACUUUCAAUACUACAGCGCCUUGCAGCAACAGACAGAUGAGAAGGAAGAGGAGUCGGCGCACGGCCUGGUGCCUGUUUACCACCUGAACUCGAAUGGUGGUCCCUGUCGGCGUAUCGUGUUGGUGACGUCCGCUGCGGCGCGCAUGCUCUUCGGGACGCGACCGUACAAAGGCCCCGGUGUGGAGAUUGUCUCUGUCGGUGUGCGUGCAUUCGAAGCGUACGACGGAAAGUUCCUCGCGGACGCGCCGUGCCGCUGGCGGGCAGUGGUCGAGGCAGCCUCUUACCUCGCUCCGCUCAUGGGAGCACGGAGGAUGGUACUUAGUGCUGCGCACCACCCACAGCUUCUGAAGCAGCUGCUCUCCAAUGGGUUUGUGUGGCUGCAGGACCACUGGCGUGUUAUUUUGGGCCAUGCCUCCGCUGCACAGGAUGGUGUACUGCCGUUUCUUCGCCAUGACGGAAAAUUGCACACUAUCCUUACAUCUACCGAGUGGACGGAGCCCCCCACACAUGAAGUACAGAGUAUGCUUGCCGAAAGCGUAAUGGUUGGGGGAGUUCUACUCGGUCUUGUGGGUGGCAAACUGGCAGGCGAGGAGGGCCCUUGGUGGCUGAGUGCAACACUGAGCGGCUCAAAACUCGAGUUGGCGGUGGACGCCUCGCUGCGCACAUUCGGCCUUCUCGCUUUCUUGGGUGUUGAUGGGACCAACGUGACGUCACCCGCUGAUGCUGCCAGUGUUUGA